AUGUCUGAAGAUAACGAAUAAACAAAUAUUGUCUAAAUUUUAGAAGGGAAACAAGCAAAAAAUAUAACUGGUUAUAGUUAAGAAUUAACUUAAGUAAUGAGUUUUCUUAAUGUAUUAGCAAAAAAGAAAAAUUUUAGAAGAUUUCAAAGGAUUGAAUGUCUAUGAUGAUAAAGGGUUGUUGAGAAGUGAUUGUAGAAUAAAGAAAUAUGUGGAUGGAAGUAGAUAUGAAGGAUAGCUAGUGGGAGAAAAGAGAAUAGGUUUGUUAAUAUAUAAUAUUAGAUAAGGGAGAGGAAUAAAUUAUUAUAAUAAUGGAGAUAUUUAUGUAGGAGAUUGGGAUGGAGAUAUGUUUAAUGGUUAUGGACAUUAUUUUUUCGUAAAUGGAGAGCGUUAUAGUGGUAAUUUUAAGAAUGGUUGUAAGGAAGGAUAGGGUAAAUAUUACUAUUUGAAUGGUAAUACUUAUGAUGGCAAUUGGGUUAAUAAUUAAAAAUAAGGAUUAGGAAAAUAUUACUAUUAUAGUACAGAAGAAUAUUAUGAUGGAUAAUGGAAUAAGGGUUUGAAACAUGGGUAAGGAGAGGCAAAAUAUGCAUAUGGAGAAAUAUAUAAAGGAGAUUUCUAGAAUGAUAAAAGAAAUGGGUUUGGAAUUAUGAGAUUUAAUGACGGAGCAAGAGUAGAAGGUUAAUGGGUUGAUGAUUAAUUAAAUGGUAUUGGAAAGAUAUUUUAUUCAAAUGGAGACACUUUUGAUGGAACCUGGCUAAAAAAUCAAAAGAGUGGUAAAGGAGUUUAUACAAUGUGUGAAGGAAAAUAGAUAUAUAAGGGAUAAUUUGAGAAUGAUAUGAUGAAUGGAUUGGGGUAUUUACAAUAUGAAUCAGGAGAUAUUUAUCAAGGAUAUUUUAAGGAUGGUAAAAAAGAUGGAGAAGGAGAAUUUUAUUAUUAAGCCUCAAGUAAAUUAAUUAUUUCAUUAAAUAGAGGAUCGUUAUAAGGGACAAUUUAAGAAAGACUUUAGAACUGGAUAUGGAGUAAUGCAUUAUGCAAAUGGUGAUAUAUAUUAAGGAGAAUGGUUUGAGGAUCAAAAAUAAGGAAAAGGGAAAUAUUAUUAUAGUAUGACAAAUGAUACAUUCGAUGGGGAUUGGAUUAGAGAUAAAAAGCAUGGAAAAGGAAUAUACACAUUUGGGUAUGAUAAUUAUUCUGAUUUUAGAAAUGGAGAUAUUUAUGAAGGAGAAUGGAGUCAAGAUAAAUGGCAUGGUAAAGGAAAGUAUACUUCAAAAGAUAGAACUUAUAUGUAUGGAGAAUUUAGGAAUCAUAAAUUCGUUACUCCGAUGAAUUGA